AUGCAGCAGCCGCUGCAUCAACAGCAGCAGAGAUACCAUCAUUGCAGCAGCAGCAGCAGCAGCAGCAGAGCCACCAAUGCAGCAGCAGAAGUAGCAGCAGCGCAGGCGAGAAAGCAGCCAGCAGCAACACCAGAGGCAGCACCCGACCCAGCUACGUGCUGUGCUGCUGCUGCAGCAGCAGCAGCAGCAGCACAGCACGUAGCAGCAGCAGCAGCAGCAGCAGCAGCAGCAGCAGCAUCUCACCUUGUGAUGCCUGCAAGAGUCUUCCUUGUUGCUGCUGGGGUCGAAGGCCUGGCCACAGCCAGGCCUCCGGCACUUGUGGCUGCUGCAGUGCGCCAUCAUGCAGCAGCAGCAGCAGCAGCAGCAGCAGCAGCAGCAGCAGCAGCAGCAGCAGGGAGAGCUAGGAGCAGCACGAGCAGCCGGGCAGGAAGCUGCAGCAACGCGGGGUGUAGGUUCUGCACUGCUGGCGGGGAUCAAUGA